UGGGCGGGUUUCGGGUGGGUUUCAGAUCCCUUGCGGGGAUUCCGAGCCUUUUCGGGUGGAUUUUCGGCCCCUUUGGCUGAUUUUAGGCCGGAUCUGGUGGGGUUUAGGGGGGGAUUUCAGAUCCCUUUGGAUGAUUUUAGGCCCAUGUGGGUGGGGUUGGGGCCCGUUUGGGAGAUUUUAGGAUAAACUGGGCCCAUAUGGGUGAAUCUUAAUCCUGUGUGGGUGAUUUUAGGUCCCUUUUUUUGGUGAUUUUGGGCCCAUUUGAGUAGGUUUUUUGCUUCUUUGGGGAAUUUUAUGUCAAACCAAUAAUUUUUAGGGUGAUUUUAGGACUUGUUGUGUUGGUUUCAGGCACGUUUGGGUGAUUGUAGGUACCUUUGGGUGAUUGUAGGUGAAACCAGGUAUUUUCAGGGUGGAUUUUAAGCGCAUUUGAGAGAUUUAUGAGUGAUUUUAAGCCACUUUGUGUGGAUUUUAAAACAUUUGGGGCAAUUUUAGGCCAUUUUGGUUGGAUUUUAGACCCCUUUAGAUAAUUUUAAUCCCAUUUGGCUGAUUUUAGGCCAAACCGGGUGGAUUUGAGGGCCCCUUUGGCUGAUUUUAGUGCAAACCUGGUGGAUUUCAAUUGCAUUUGAGGCCCUUUUGGGUGAUUUUAGGCCAAACCAGGCCCUUUUAGGACCUUGCAUCCCCUUGACCACACUCCUUUCCCCUCACGGUUCCCGCCCUUUCCUCGCCCCCUUUCCCCUCACGGUUCCCGCCCUUUCCUCGCCCCCUUUCCCCUCACGGUUCGGCCUUCGGGAACGGGGCAGGAGGAGGAGGGAGGGAGGAAGAGGCGCAGCGGCAGCGGGGAGCAGCCGGAGAAGAGCAGAGAAGGAAUCGCGGGGCCCUGGCGCUGCCUGAAGUCGCCGCAGCCCCGGGAGCAUCGCCCCCCAUCCUGCAGGAUUUCCCAUUCCCAACCUUUGGGAGGCUGCAAGGAAGAGGAAGAUGCCCCGGGACGCCCAGGCAGGGAAGGAGCUGAGGAUGGAGAGCAGAGAGGACAAAUCCCCACGGCAGAACCUCAUGGAAGAGGCCGUUUUGCGUGGCUCCACAGCACAGGACUCUAAAGGGGAGGAAAAGCCCCGGGGCCGCAAACGCAGAUCGCAGGGAUCUGAGGAGGAAAGACCCACCCUGGGCUGGAGAUCGCGCCAGAGCUCUGACCUGGUGAUUCAUGAGAAACUUCCUGAAGGGGAGAAGCUCCACAAGUGCGUGGAGUGUGGGAAGAGCUUCAGGAGGACCUCUCACCUGAUCAGGCACCAGGCGACCCACACUGGGGAGAGGCCCUAUGAGUGUGGGGAGUGUGGGAAGAGCUUCAAACAUAGCAGCAGCCUGAUGUACCACCAGACAAUCCACGCUGGGGAGUGGCCCUAUGAGUGUGAGGAAUGUGGGAAGAGCUUCAGGCAGCGGGCCGCCCUGAUCAGCCACCAUAAGAUUCACACUGAGGAGAGGCCCUACGAGUGUGAUAAAUGCAAGAAAAGGUUUCAGACCAGCUCCAAUCUCCUCCUGCACUAUCGGAUUCACUCAGAGGAGAGGCCCUUCUGCUGCCCCGACUGCGGGAAGGGAUUCAAGGACAACUCCACCCUCAUCCAGCACCAGAACACCCACACUGGGGAGAAGCCCUAUGAGUGUGGGGAGUGUGGGCAGAGCUUCACACGGAGCUCCACCCUGAUCAGGCACCAGCUGAUCCACACUGGGGAACGGCCCUAUAAGUGUGGGCAAUGUGGGAAAGGCUUCAACCGGAACUCCAGCCUGAUCCAGCACCAGAGGACCCACACUGGGGAACGGCCACACAAGUGUGGGGAAUGUGGGAAGAGCUUCAGCCAGCGUUCCAAUCUGAUCGUCCACCAAAAGAUCCACACUGGGGAGAGACCCUAUGAGUGUUGCGAGUGUGGGAAGAGGUUUCCAAUUACCUCCCAUCUCCUUGAACAUCAGCGGAUUCACAUGGAGGAGAGGCCCUUCCGCUGCCCCGACUGCGGGAAGGGAUUCAAGCGCAACUGCAACCUCAUCACCCACCAGCGCAUCCACUCCGGGGAGAGGUCCCAUGCGUGUCCUCAGUGUGGAAAGAGCUUUUCCAACAGCUCUCACUUGACCCGACACCAACGGAGCCACCAGUAAGGGAAGCCCUGUGGGUGCCCCAACUGCAGGAAGAGCUUUGUAUGCUGCUCUAAGUCCAUCCUCCACUGGAGAACCGAUGUUGGGAAGAGGCCUGGUGACCCACAUUCCCUGUGAUCCAUGUUGGAAAGACAGCUGGCUAGUUAUCCUUUUGUUUUGGCCUUAAUUUUCUUGUGAUUAAUCUUCAUCCUGUAAAAAGAGCCAAAACAUGGUUAAAAAGAAGGAAACUCCCACCAUUUCACAGGUGUUUGAGAGGGAAUUGAGGGUUUGGGGACAUAUUCUGGAGGAUUUGUGGGUUCUGGGGGGAUUUUAGGCAGUGUUCUCUCUUCUCUAAGGGCCAAGAGGGAUCGAUCUGUCUCCUCAAAACAACUCCAUCUCAUUGAAAGCAACUGAAUUUUAACCCCUGAGGGCUCAAUCCCACCUCUAAAUCACUUGUUCCCACCUCAAAAACACUCUAUCCCAUGCAAAACUUACUUGAUUUCACAGCCGCCAGGGUGAGAAGGAGUUGGAAGGAGAUUGGGAGAAUUGGGAUCCAGAUUUGAAGCACUGGGAUCAAGAUUGUGUGGUGCCAUGGCGGUGCUGGAUGGUGAGGUUGCUGCAGCGUUCCUGAGGAAGCAUGCCAGGAAGGAUGGCUCAGGGGCAGAGGCAUGUCCGGUUCUUCAGCCCAGCGAGUGAUGGGUGACACAAAGACGGGAGCUUGUAUGGAGUUCUGCAGAGAACAAGCCUUCAUUGAGAACAGGGCACUCUACAAAGGAGGCCAGGGACAAGAGCUCUGAGGAGCCUGGGAGAAAUGGGUUUAUAUAGGGAAAGCAAGGGGCGGGACAAAGGGGACAGGCCAGUGGGGUGUGAGGACAUAACAUAACAUUGCAAGGGCUUCUGGGGGCUCACCCUAACCAGAGAGUUUGUGGUUCAGGGCUUGGUCCUCAAGGGGAGCACAGCAAGCUAUUCCCUGGCCAGAUCACCAGCUUCCAUAGU